AUGACGCCCGGCAGCCACCGCAUGGACGGUACCUUUGCCCGGCUGCUCGACCGGCGCGAGACCCAGGGCCGUCGGCGGCGCCUGACCCUCCCCCCUCCCGGCGCCGUCGACUUUUCCUCCAACUCGUACCUAUCCCUCUCCGAGAGCCCCGAGCUGCGGACGCGCUACCUCGCGCUCCUCCAGCACGACGGCGGCGACCACCGGUUCUCGCUUGGCUCCGGGGGCUCCCGGCUGCUCGACGGCAACACGGCGCUGGCCGAGGCGCUCGAGGAGCGGGUGGCCGCGUUCCACGGCGCGCCCGCGGGCCUGCUCUUCAACUCGGGCUUCGACGCCAACGCGGGCCUGCUGGGCUGCGCGCCGCAGCCGGGCGACGUGGUCGUCUACGACGAGCUGGUCCACGCGAGCGUCCACGACGGCAUGCGGCUCGGGCGCGCGGCGCACCGGGCGCUGCCGUUCACGCACAACACGGUUGCCGGCUCGGGUGGCAAUAGCUUGAGCGCCGUGCUGGAGCGCCUGUGCAGCGGCCCGGACGGCGACGACUUUCGCAGAGGGCGCAGGAACGUGUUCGUCGCCGUGGAGGGCGUGUACAGCAUGGAUGGUGACGUCGCGCCGCUGCGGGAGAUUGUUGCGUGCGUGGGCGAGAAGCUGCCGCAAGGCAACGGCCACGUCAUCGUCGACGAGGCGCACUCGACGGGCAUCAUCGGGCAGCGCGGCCGCGGGCUCGUCUGCCAUCUCGGCCUCCAAGACCAGGUCUGGGCCCGAGUCCACACCUUUGGCAAGGCCAUGGGCUGCGCGGGUGCCAUUGUCCUGUGUUCGCCGACGACCCGGUCCUACCUCAUCAACUACGCCCGAAGCUUCAUCUACACCACGGCGCUCGGCUACCCCUCGCUGGCCGCCAUCCAGACGACCUACGAACACCUCGCGGGCGGCUUCGCCGACGGCCGCCUUGGGAGCCUGCGGGCGCUCAUCCGCCGCGCGCACGGCAACCUCGCCGGCCUGUGUCGGCGGCACGCGGUGCCGUCACACAUCUUGCGGAUCAACGCGGCGGUGCCGGAGUCACCAAUCUUCCCGCUGUUCACCGCGUCCGCCCGCGAGCUGGCGGCGCACUGCCAGCGGCACGGCUUCCUGCUGCGGGCGAUCGUGGCGCCGACGGUGCCGAGGGGGACAGAUCGUGUGCGGCUGUGCCUGCACGCGGGCAACACGGCAGACGAGGUCGACGGGCUGUGCAGAGUCAUUGAGAAAUGGGCAUGCGAUAAAAUGGGCAUGGAAUCUCCCGUCGUCCAGGAGGUAGAAGAAGCUAGCAUAGUCAAAAGUGAAAUUAGUCGUCUUUGA